AUGCCUAGACUUCGAACGUUGUUUCAUCGGCCAAAUCGUCACUGCGUUAUCUAUCCGUUGUGGCUUUUCUUUUUAUUCAAUAUUUUCUUCGUUAAACAGCUUACGAUCCAUAACGUUGAUGGCGAUUAUCGUCAGCUGGAUGUUGUUGAGCGUGUAGGAAUGUCAACCCUACCGAACACCGACGUAAAGACCAUUCUUCUUUGGAACCCGUGGUACGGCGAUUUUGGCUUUACGUUAGACGAUGUUUCUUCAUUCAGCCGUGUCGGAUGCAAAUUCAAGAAUUGCGUCCUGUCUAAAAACAAAACAAAAGUGGUUCCUGAACAAGCGGAUGCCAUUGUCUUCCUUUACACCAAUUUGUGCGAGUUGCCAAAAGUUCACAGCCGGCAAGGCUUCCAACGAUAUGUUUUGUUGACAGACGAUCCUCCAAUGUGCUACCCUCGCAAUUAUUUUGAACGUGACAACCAUUUCGGAUCUUUCUUUAACUGGACCAUAUCGUACCGUAAAAAUGCUGAUGUAACAUGGAAACGGGGUUGGGUUAAGAAGCUGGACCAGCCGCUGAUGAAAAACUCGUUUUCUCAAAUCCGACUCAGGAACAGUAAGAAGAAGAAAAGGCUCGUGGCUUGGUACGUUGCCCGUUGUGGAUCCAAAAGCAAACGUGAAGCAUACAUUAACGAGCUGAGAGAAUACGUAGAAGUAGAUAGCUAUGGGCCGUGCGGCGAAAAGAGCUGUCCGGAAACUAAUGGUAUGCCAGGUGCUGCAAUUCUCCCGUGUCUUGAUAUGCUGGCCAACAAUUACAAAUUUGUCCUGGCAUUUGAACGCUACAUUUGUGACGACUUCGUGACGAAAAGAUUUUUCGAUCUCCUCGACCGUGACACGGUGCCUAUUGUCUUUGGGGGAGCAGAUUACGCAAGCAUAGCACCGUCACAUUCUUUCAUUGAUGCGCUCUCGUUCAGUCCUAGGCAGUUAGCCGAUCACUUAAUGAAGCUAGAAAAAAAUGAAAAUCAAUACCUUCGCCAUUUUUGGUGGAAAGAUAUUUAUCAGGUGCAUUCGGGCUAUCAGGAAAUAGCAUCCCAGCCGUUCUGUGACCUAUGUGAGAAACUCAAUAGCAAUCUUCCCCCUAAAAUAUAUCGGGAUAUCGACAGUUGGUGGUACAACAGCACCAAGUGCUUUGGCCCAGAAGACCGAGGUAUCGUGAUACGUCAUAAUGAGACAAUCGAAGACCUGCACAACGUUCAAGUUCCUUGGUCUUUUGAUGAUUAA